UGUGGCUGCUCCAUCCCCAGGGGCAGGCAGUGGUUUGUGGUCCCAGAUUGGUAACAGAAGACACUCAGGCAGUCUUAGAAAUUGUACAGCCCCCUGUCAGGCAGGCACCGCACAGGUGAAAAGGCAGAGAAGGGAAGGUCCCUUCCCCAGUGUAAUUUAUAAUCUAGCCCAAGACCAAAGACUGAGUAGGCUGAGCUCUCAGGGAUGGCCCAACUAGGUGCGAUAGCAGCGCUGUCUGUUAGUUUUCUGGCUGCAACUCUCUUCUCUGCAGUACACAAAAUUGAAGAAGGACAUAUUGGCGUUUAUUAUAGAGGUGGCGCAUUGCUGACUUCCACCAGUGGACCUGGCUUCCACCUUAUGCUCCCCUUUAUAACCUCCUACAAAUCUGUGCAGACUACAUUGCAGACAGAUGAGGUGAAAAAUGUUCCUUGUGGUACCAGUGGGGGAGUGAUGAUUUAUUUUGACAGGAUCGAGGUGGUGAAUUUCCUGAUCCAAGGUGCUGUGUAUGACAUAGUGAAGAACUACACAGCAGACUAUGACAAAGCACUCAUCUUCAACAAGAUUCACCAUGAGCUGAACCAGUUCUGCAGUGUUCAUACUCUUCAGGAAGUCUACAUUGAGCUGUUUGAUCAGAUUGAUGAAAACCUUAAACUGGCUUUGCAGCAGGACCUGACCACCAUGGCUCCUGGACUCAUUAUACAGGCGGUCCGCGUUACGAAGCCAAACAUUCCAGAAACAAUUCGGAGGAAUUAUGAACUCAUGUAAGUGCCUGGGACUCUCACCUUUGUGUUACCAA